AUGAGCUCUGACAAACAGUAUGCAUAUCAGGAGAUACAGACCUUUACCGGUGAUUAAUACUAACUGAGAUUAAGUCACACAGCCAUCAAGGCAUGUCUUUUUGGUACGUUUUUCUUCCUAACCGGGAAUCAAUGAGUAGGGAACCCCUCGUGCUAACGCUUUUUUCUAGACAUGGAUGGAACCCUUCUCAACACCGAGGACAUAUACACCGAGGCAGCGUCCGAGCUUCUAGCCAAAUAUGGAAAGGGCCCGAUGACCUGGGACAUCAAAAUCAAGUUGCAAGGGAGACCCGGCUUGGAGGCGACCAAGAUCAUGAUUCUGGAAUACGACUUGCCGUUGACCGCAGAGGAAUUUGCAGAGCAGGCCAUGGAGAUUCAAGCCGACAAAUGGCACAAGUCGAGGUUCUUACCGGGAGCGUUGGAACUAGUGGAGCAUUUACACAACAGCAAUGUCCCGAUUGCAUUGGGGACCAGCUCAAACACGACCAAUUUUGAGAGAAAGACUAAACAUCUCGGACACGGGUUCAAGUAUUUCCAAGAGCAUAUUGUCACGGGAGAUGAUAGCAGAAUCCCAAAGGGUAGGGGCAAGCCGCACCCGGAUAUCUGGUUUGCUUGUUUGGCAAGCUUGAAUGCGGAGCGACAGUCAAAGGGGUUGGAAUUGUUGACGAUCGAGCAGUGUCUCAUCUUUGAGGACGGUAUUCCUGGAGUGAUAUCGGGCAUAGCUGCAAAGGCGCAUGUCAUUUGGGUUCCCGACCCGAGAGCCUUGGUUGUCCUUGACGGGGAAGAGCAUGAAAUCAUUGGUGAUAACGGUGAGAUCUUGGCGAGCUUGGAAGCCUUUGAUCGAGCCAAAUACUACCUAUAA